CUCCGAACCGAACAGAACUACAGAGAAACCUCGAUUCAAAACGGCUGUGGCAACAGAACCGAAAGAAAUCUUUGGGCAAAUAUUUGCCAAUUAAGAACCGUCGACGGCGCGAGUGUCUGUGAAGUGGGGGUGAAGUGAAAUUGGCCGGGCCGAAUAAAACCAGCCAUGUCCGAAUUUGUGCGGCAACAUGGCGAGUAUGUGUGGGUGAAGCCGCAGAAUACCACCAGUGAAUUCGCCGUGCCAUUUGGGGCUCGAAUUGUGCGAACGGAGAAAACGCAGACUUUAGUUUGCGAUGAUCGGAACAAGCAGUUCUGGGUGCCGGCAGGAGAUGUCCUGAAGGCGAUGCAUAUCACCUCCCAGGAGGAUGUGGAGGACAUGAUCACAUUGGGAGACCUACAGGAGUACACCAUUCUGAGGAACCUGCAGAAUCGCUAUGCCAAGCAGUUGAUUUACACAUAUACUGGCUCUAUGUUGGUGGCCAUCAACCCCUACCAGAUUCUGCCCAUCUACACGAAUCGCGAGAUUCAGCUGUACCGGAAUAAAUCCCUGGCCGAACUGCCUCCUCACAUUUUCGCCAUUAGCGACAAUGCCUUUCAAAGACUGCAGCGAAUCAAGGAAAACCAGUGUGUGGUCAUCAGUGGCGAGUCGGGGGCCGGGAAAACGGAGAGCACCAAGCUGAUACUGCAGUAUCUGGCCGCCAUUAGUGGCAAGCACUCCUGGAUCGAGCAGCAGAUUAUCGAGGCAAAUCCCAUAAUGGAGGCCUUCGGAAAUGCCAAGACUGUACGGAAUGACAACUCCUCGAGGUUCGGAAAGUACAUAGAGAUUCGAUUCACACCGGAGGGCACCAUUCAGGGAGCGAGAAUACAGCAGUAUCUUUUGGAGAAAUCCCGAAUCGUUUUCCAGAGUCGUGACGAACGCAACUACCACAUUUUCUACUGCAUGCUGGCGGGACUUUCGGCGCCGGAACGAGAGCGUCUAAAGCUGCAGGAGCAAUCGCCCAGCCAGUAUCACUAUUUGGCCCAAGGGGGUUGCUUUACUUUGCCAGGAAAGGGAGAUGCCAAGGAUUUUGCCGAUAUUCGGGCGGCCAUGAAGGUUCUUUCGUUCAAACCCGAGGAGGUGUGGAGCAUUCUCAGCUUGUUGGCGGCCAUCUUGCACCUGGGUAACCUGAGAUUCACGGCCACGGAGGUGGCCAACCUGGAAGCCGCCGAGAUAGACGACACACCGAAUCUACAGAGAGUGGCUCAAUUGCUUGGAAUACCCGUGGCUCCUCUAAACGCUGCCCUUACUCAAAGAACCAUCUUUGUGCAUGGCGAACAUGUGACCACCAGUUUGUCCAAGGAAGCUGCUCUCGAAGGGCGAGAUGCCUUCGUCAAGUCCUUGUACGAUGGCAUUUUUGUGCGCAUCGUGCGAAGGAUCAACGAGACCAUAAACAAGCAGGUGGAUCAGCCCAUGAAUAGCAUAGGUGUUCUGGACAUCUUUGGCUUCGAGAACUUUGACAACAACAGCUUUGAGCAGCUGUGCAUCAACUAUGCCAAUGAGAAUCUUCAGCAGUUUUUCGUGGGACACAUCUUCAAGAUGGAGCAGGAUGAGUACCAGAACGAGCACAUCAACUGGCAGCACAUUGAGUUUCAGGACAAUCAGCAAAUCCUGGAUCUCAUUGGCAUGAAGCCCAUGAAUCUGAUGUCCCUGAUCGAUGAGGAGUCCAAGUUUCCCAAGGGCACCGACCAAACGCUGCUCGAAAAGCUCCAUGUUCAGCAUGGCAAUCGAUCCAUCUACGUAAAGGGAAAAACCACCCAGACAUCGCUCUUUGGCAUUCGUCACUAUGCCGGCGUGGUAAUGUACAAUCCGUUGGGCUUCCUCGAAAAGAAUCGCGACUCUUUCAGCGGGGACCUGAGGACUCUGGUCCAGCGAUCGGCGAACAAGUAUCUGGUGGAUAUAUUCCCACAAGAAAUGCCCAUGGAUACGGCCAAGAAGCAGCCCACUUUGUGUGUGAAAUUCAGAAACUCCCUGGACAUGCUGAUGCGCACUUUGUCGCAGGCACAUCCCUAUUUUAUUCGAUGCAUCAAGCCAAACGAGUUUAAGGAGCCAAAGAAUUUUGACAAGGAGCUGUGUGUGCGGCAAUUGCGCUACUCAGGGAUGAUGGAAACCGCUCGCAUUCGAAGGGCGGGCUACCCGAUCCGCCACGCCUACCGGGCCUUCGUGGAGAGGUAUCGCCUGUUGGUGCCACCGGUGGGUCCUCUGGAGAAAUGCGACUGCCGCAGGGUGGCGCGUGAAAUCUGCGAGGUGGCCCUCCCCGCCGAUUCCGAUCGGCAGUAUGGUAAAACGAAGCUCUUCCUGCGGGACGAGGAUGAUGCCAGUCUGGAGUUGAAGCGAUCGCAACUGAUGCUCAAGAGCAUUGUGACCAUUCAGCGCGGCAUCAGGAGGGUUCUGUUCCGACGCUACCUGAAGAGAUACCGCGAGGCCAUCAUCACGGUUCAGCGGUAUUGGCGGGGUCGCCUGGAGCGUCGUAAGUACCUGGUAAUGCGGCAGGGAUUCCAUCGCUUGGGCGCCUGUAUAGCUGCCCAGCAGCUGACCACCAAAUUCACGAUGGUCAGGUGUCGAACUAUAAAGCUGCAGGCCUUGAGUCGUGGCUAUCUGGUGCGCAAGGACUUCCAGGCGAAGUUGCUGGAGAAGCGAAAGCAGCAGCAGCUGAAGAAGGACGAACUAAAAAAGUUGGCCAAGAUCAAGGAAGCCGAGGAGGUGCUGCGAUUGCAGCAACUGAAGGAGCAGAAGGAGCAGAAGGAGCGGGAGCAAAAGGAGCUGGAGGAGAAGCGAUUGAAGGAGGAGCAACGACUCAAGGCCGAGGCAGCUGCUCGGAAUGCCUUGGCCAUGGCGGCAGUAAAGCAGCCGCAAAGAGCCAGGUCCCUCAAGGGGGAGGCGCCCAAGGCCCCCACCCUCCAGGCCCGCAUGUCCCUGCCACCGCCACCCACCACCCUGAUCACAGUUGCCCCAAUGGCAGCGCGACCCGCCAGUGCCGCCACCCGAAUUAACACCAUACCCGAAAGUCCCGGCACCAUCGAUGUGGAGACCUCCAAGCAGAUGGUGGACGACGUGUUCCGGUUCCUCAACGACGAACCCGACGCUGCCUUGAGGAAACUGAAUAACAUUUCUUCGGGCGAUACAAUACGCUUGCCUAAGCCAGUUCCAAAUAAUAUCGAUACCUCCGACUUUAGUUAUUUGAAGUAUGCGGCGACUUAUUUUUGCGGAGGAGCCACUGCCCAGCACGAAAGAAAGCCCCUGAAGAAAUCCCUUUUAAAGCAUGAGCUGCCUGUGGAUGAGAUGGCCUCUAAGGCCAUUUGGUUAACCAUCCUCCGCUUUAUGGGCGACUUGAUGGAUGUGGCUUCCUCGCCUUCUUUCCACUCGUUCGAUAAUGAAAACCUCAUGAGUGAUUUAUCGACCCUAUUGCAUACUUCUGGUUCUUAUAAGCCACGUUUGUUUGUGCGUCAAACCCAAAGACGUCAACCAAAAUUCGUGGGUCAAAGUCAAAAGGAAGCCGAGGAGUUCUAUCAGCACUGGCUUCAAGUUCCCAGUUCCCAUCUAGACAAAUUGCACUUUAUUAUAGGCCACGGGAUACUCAAGGAUAGCUUGAGAGAUGAAAUCCUGGCCCAGAUCUGCAAGCAGCUGUAUCUCAAUCCCAGUAGAGGCUCCUAUUCCCGUGGCUGGUUGCUCCUCUCGCUUUGCCUGAGCUGCUUUCCACCGAGCAGCGACUUUGAGCCUCAUUUGCGCAGUUUCAUGAAGCAGGGAACCGCCCAACUGCAGGCCACUCCCUGCCUGCAGCGUUUGGAGCGGACUCUGGUGAAUGGACCUCGCUGCCAGCCACCUUCCCUCUUCGAACUUCAAGCCAUCCGAGGUCGCCAGCCGCUCAAAUUGGACAUUCACCUGAUGGACGGUCAUCAGAGGCGCCUCCAGGUGGAUGCGGCCAGUACGGCGAGGGAGGCAGUGCAUCAACUAUGUGAGGGUUUGGGUCUGACCGAUACCUUUGGCUUUGGAUUGGUUAUGUCGCUGAACGGAAAGCUUAUGCCACUGGGAGCUGGAAGGGAGCAUGUCCUGGAUGCCAUUUCGGAGUGCGAGCAACGUCAGCUGGAUGCCCCGUGGAAGCUGUACCUCCGCAAGGAAAUGUUUGCCACCUGGUAUGAUCCCUCGGUGGACCCGAAAGCCACUCAGCUUAUCUACAAGCAGAUCCUGAAUGGUUUGAAGUGCGGGGAGUAUCGGUGUCGUUCGGAGAAGGACAUAGCAAUGGUGUGCGCUUUGGCCUGCUUUAUAGAACAUGGAGCCGGGGAGAUCCUUCGGCUGAAACCCUCGGAGAUUACCGCCUUCGUUCCCAGGGAUCUCCUGGCUCCCGGUGAACGUGCCGUUGAGAAUUGGAGUCGCCUAAUUGCUGCCACCUAUGAGAAGAGCUCCUAUGUGAGGGAGGAACGGGAGGAUCUGCUUCUGGAGGCUCAGAAGAGAGCCAAGGAGGACAUCUGCCUAUUCGCCCAUCUAUCUUGGCCCAUGCGACACUCCCGACUGUUUGAGGUGGUUCGCAAAGAGGGACCCAAACUCCAGACCGACGAACUGAUGCUGGGCAUCAAUUCUACAGGUCUCUUCCUCAUAGACGAAACCGAACAGGUGCUGGCCUCCUGCAGUUUCGGCGAGGUGCUAAAGGUCCACUUGGAGGCCAAUGAUGAACUGCACGUAAUGACCUUCCAACACAUCAACUUUGUGCUGCAGUGCAGCUCAGCUCAGGAUGCCAACGAGGUGAUCAACUAUAUGCUGGAUAAUCUCCGUCAGCGAUCCGGUUACGGUGUGGCUCUGGAUCAGGUGACGGAGGGAGAUCAAGAGGAUUUCCUGGUACUAUCACCCGGUGACCUCAUCGAGUUCGAGGCAGGUGUAACAGGUGCCCAGUUAUUGAAUGGCAAUGCCCAGGACUUCUACAGGGGCUGUGUGAAUGGCCAAUGGGGUCAGUUUGCAGCCGGAAAUGUUCGCGUUUUGGCCACCCUCACCAAACCGAGCGAAAAACUGCAGGAAAUCCUUAGGGAGGGGCGAUUUGAUGAGCCACCGAAGCCAACUCCAAGGGCCAAUCACUCAAGACGUCGUCAACACAACAUCUCUCAGCUGGCUGAGACGCAAUUCAGGGAGCCAUUAGACUCUGAUAAGGCUUCCCUCUCAAAGUUUUCGCCUGAACCAUUGAAGGCUCCUCUCCUAAAAGCUGUGGUUAAAGUGCCGCCUCUUUUCCAACAAGCUUUGGUUAUUCAUCAUCACAUUUUGAAGUACAUGGGCGACAUAGCCAGGAGCAAUCUACCAGUGAACACGGACCUCAUCUUCCAGCCCGCUCUGCUGCAUCCUCUCCUAUGUGACGAACUCUACUGCCAGCUGAUGAAGCAGCUCAGCGAUAAUCCCUCCGUGGAGAGCGAGAAGCGGGGCUGGGACCUGCUCUACUUGGCCACUGGUCUGGUGGCUCCUAGUGUCCUGAUUAUGAGGGAGCUGAUCAUCUUGCUGCGCAUGCGAGCCGAUGCUCUCGCAGACGCAUGUCUCAAGCGAUUGAAGCGAUCUUUGGCCCAGGGUCAACGGAAACAGGCUCCCCAUCUCAUCGAGGUGGAGGGCAUUCAACAGCGGUGCCUGCACAUCUACCACAAGAUAUACUUUCCCGACGAGACAGUCGAAGCCUUCGAGAUUGAAUCGCAUACUCGGGGAGCAGAGCUCAUAGGAGAGAUAGCCCAUCGAUUGGAGCUCAAAUCACCGGUGGGCUAUAGUAUUUUCCUGAAGACAGGCGACCGGGUUUAUGCCAUGCCGGAGGAGGACUUCGUAUUUGAUUUCAUCACCCAACUCAUCUUCUGGCUGAGGCAGCAGAAGACCGUACGCUCCAUUUCCGAAGGCCACUACCAGCUGCACUUUAUGCGAAAGUUGUGGUUGAACAAUCUUCCUGGUGAGGACCUGAAUGGAGAUGUGAUCUUUAGCUAUCCCCAGGAGCUGCACAAAUACCUGAAGGGCUACUAUCCCAUCGAUUGCGAGCAGGCCUCGCAACUCGCGGGUCUUGUGUACAGUGCGGAUCAUGAGGUUAGCUUGCAAAGGCUGCCAGAGGUGCUCCCUCGUUUAAUACCAGAAGAUCUGAUACCCCUGCAAACGGUGGCCGAAUGGAGGCAGCAGAUCCUGCCAAAACUUCACCGCGACCAUUUGACAGAGGACCAGGCCAAGCUUCUAUUCCUUCAGGAGCUCUCGCAUUUCUCCUGCUUCGGAUCCACUUUCUUUGUGGUGAAGCAACAAAACGACGAUGGCCUUCCGGAAACCUUGUUAAUCGCCAUCAACAGCUCGGGCUUCCAUAUGUUGGAUCCGCAAACUAAGGAGAUCCUUCGCAGCUACGAGUACUCCCAGUUGGGCAUCUGGAGCUCGGGCAAAAAUCACUUCCACAUCCGGUUUGGCAACAUGAUCGGAGCCUCGAAGCUGCUGUGCAGCACCACCCAAGGUUACAAAAUGGACGAUUUGCUGGCCUCAUACAUGAAGUAUUUUAAUGAAAAUGAGUAA